GUUGCUAUAUAUAUAUAUAGUAGCACUCAACAUGCCUAGUGCAGGGGGUAUGGCCUUGACAAAGAAUGAACUCAUUGGAAUCAUGUUAAGACUAGCUAUAUUUGGGGUAUGUAGUUACUAUGGUAUUAAAUGGGUUGUUGACCAAAUGGACCCCACAAGAAAACAGAAGAUUCAAGCACAGAAACAGGCACAGAAAUUGAUGAGCAGAAUUGGCGUAAAAGGAGUGAAACUAAGUGAAUAUGAGAUGUCAAUAGCAGCAUUACUAAUAGACCCUUUAGGAAUAUCUGUAGCCUGGCGAGAUAUUGGGGGAUUAAAGGAUAUUAUAGAAGAAAUUCAAGAAACUGUGAUUUUACCCAUGAAGAAAAGGCAUUUAUUUAGAAGCUCUAGUUUAUUACAGCCUCCUAAAGGUACCAUUACUUGUACUUAA